ACUAUUGGAACACUAACCUUCUAAGGAAGCUAAAUACCAGUACUAAAUUUGCUCCUCAACCACAACAAGGAAUUAAGUGUGGGCAAGCCAAUGCCAUAAUAAGACCUCAACCUCAGAAAUUCACAAGCUCCAUGAAGAUUAAUGUCUCUUGGUGCAACAACAAUAGUAUGGUAAAUAAUGAAGAAGCAUCGAAAGACAACAACGAUAUGCAAUGGUGGGCAAAUAUACUGGAAAAUUGCAAUGACAUUGGAGAAGGAGAAGCUGAAAGAACACUACCUUCAUGUAAGGAAAUUAAUUGCAAUGAAAUUGAUAAAACACCAAGUUUGUUACAUGAGGGAGGCAACUCCAUGCAACAAGGACAAGGUGAUAGUGGUUGGGAUGAAUUUUCUCUAGAUGAUAUAUGGAAUCUACUUAAUUAGCGGGUGAUUUACACGAAUGACCUGAGAGGUGGAUGGUCUUGAACUUUUGAUUUCGCUUGUCUUAUCCU